AUGCCAAAAUCACCGAUGCCAAAAUCACCGAAAUUACUGAGAGAAACAAAAGAGGACAAAAAAAUAGCAAGGAAGAAACAGGGAGGAAAGGAAAGGAAAGAGGAAAGAGAAGAGAGAAUGUAUAAGAAAAUAGAUGAGGAAAUUGAAGAAAAGAGUCUAGAAGAAGAGGAAGAGAAUAACAACAACAAAAUCAUCGCGGAGAUCUGGUACGAAUAUCAAAGGGGGAAGAAAGGAAAAGAAAAAGCAGUAGAAUAUGAAGAAAAUAAUGCUGAAGAU